CAAAUGAGAGAGAGUUCACAAAAUGUGCGUCUGGGGAAGGAUGUGCACACUGCUAGCCGCUUUAGAGAUGUGAUUGAGGGACUCCUCCAUGCAGGAUGGAAGCUGCUGCAAGUGUUUAAUGUCAGCAGGACUCUAACAUGAUCAAGAUGGAGUCUGACUUCUGCCUUCACAGCCUUGGCUUUCUGUAGCUGGAAGAGCCCAUCUGGAGGUAAGGCUGCAUGUGCUGUAACACAAACAACUAUAUUCUGUGAAGAAUUCUGGGCAUCGAAGAGGACUUGAAGAAAACGCUUUACUUCCUAGAUUCUUGGCAUUUUACUACACAUUUUCUCAGGUUCAGGAUGUAAGGCGCCAACGUUUUAAAUUUUAAGUAAUGCUUUUUAGAAAGUUCUAAACUUUAGAAGAAUUACGGUAUUAAAACUGAAUUCAUCUUUCUCAAAGAACUGGUGGGACAGAGCUAGCAGAAGUGUUUUUCUAUACAUUGAAUCCAGUGGGAGGCUGUGAGGGGGAGCGGCGCUUUCUUCCUUCCUCGUUUUCCAUGAGCAGUGUGGGAUAGGAAGAGCUCUAGGACUUUAUGACGCAGGCUAAUCAUCUCAAGAGCUUUGACAAACUCACUUCAGUUCUGUGUAAAAUCAGAGCUCCUUCAACGCCUGGGCAGCUCUGCUCUCUCCCCCUCCCCUCGACUUCGUGCAGUUUUCUCACAUGCAAACUUCUCAGAGGCAGGAAAUACUUUCCAGGCGAUCUGGGCCUGCUGGUGGAGGCCCCUCUCGCAAAACACCAGUGUGCAUAAAGCAGACAGAAGUCACCAGGAACGCCUUGACAGGAUCCGGCUUUAGGAGGCUCCCUCCAGCUGCAGAGAGUGUUUUUGUUAGAAUCACACACUGCUUAAAGGAAAACUGCUUAGAAUAGAGCCGUGACCUCAGCCACAAGAUGAGAACUUAGAUUCUGGAGACGCUAACGGACAGAUGGACUUCUAGCCCAGCUUGAGAGCAAUGUCAUGCCUUGGCCGCACAGCGACUCCGGCUCUAGGUGGCAAAAUGACAGAGCAUCCUCUCUUCUUUGGCCCAUGAAUUUGAAGGCAUCUUUCACCAAGUUCAGUCUCCUUGAGCCUCAUAUGGAAUGUAUCUCUGUGUCUGUCAUUACAUUAUGAUGACAUGUCUGUAGCUAUCAGAAAGAGAAGCUGGGAAGAGCAUGUGACCCAGAAAACCGGACAGCCUUUUAAUUCUGAUGAGUGUGACAUAGCAUGUCAUCAUGGACUGGUAGCCGACAGCUUGCAGGCGAGUAUGGAGAAAGAUGCAAGCCUAAAUGUGGACCACAAAGAGAAGUGUGCUUCCCUACCAGACUGCUGUCAUGUGUCAGAGCCCAGAGAUUUUCCCGGAAGGCCAAUGGGUCAGAUUUCAAAGGAGGUGGAUGAAAGUGACAGUCAAGAAGGGGAAGAGCAGUUUCUGUCUCUGGAGGCCAGCACAGAAACACUGGUGCACAUUUCUGAUGAGGACACAGAUUCUGAUGUGUACCUUACCAAUGACACACGGAUUAUAACUCCCCAAAGACAUGAAAGAGACAGCCACCAUAGUGUGGAAGGAGCAGGCUCCUUCAUCAAGACACUGCCUGUCACAGAAAGUAACCAAGACAAUCUUAACUCCUGGGGGAUGACGGGGGAAGUUAUUGUGUCUCCAGCAGAAAAAAGCAGGGAAAGGAAAGAUGUUGAUGCAAUAAAUAAAAGUUUGGAGAUUUGUAAUGAUAGAAGCUUAAGUGAAGUAAGAGAUGUGCCCAAAGUAAAUAUAUUUGAUUCUUGGGAUGUGAAAGAUCUCGCACCUGAGAAACAAUUGCUUAAUUCUGCAGUAAUCGCUCAACAACGAAGAAAACCUGACUUCCCUAAGGGGGAACAAGAAAGAAACAGCAGCCAUGUAGGACAAGAUGAGUCGUUGACUGCUCCUUGUGCAGACGAAGGGCUGCCAUUAUUAGAAGCAGAUUGUGGAAGCCACCUUCCACAGCCUCCUUCCUGCCCCAGUGGAAAGUCAGCAGAAAAUGACCUGGAGAAGAAUGGCUUCUCAGAACAUGAAAACAAAAGCCCUCCCGAGGUCAACACAGAAGAUGGCAUGCAGUGUUUACACUUAAAGGACCCGGUGACCACCCAGGAGCCCACAGACAGCCAAGUCAGACUGCGCAAGAAAAAGGAAAUAAGAGAAGAUCGAGACAGGGCGCGGCUGGACUCCAUGGUGCUGCUGAUUAUGAAACUGGACCAGCUUGACCAGGACAUCGAGAAUGCGCUCAGCACUGCCUCCUCUCCAUCCAGCACCCCGACGAAUCUGCGGCGGCAAGUCCCUGAUCUGGAAUCAGGAUCUGAAAGUGGAGCACAUAUUAUCUCAAUCAUUCAGGCACAGGCAAAUUUGACGUCACACACUGAAUUCACUGCUUUACCAUCUUCGACCCUGGUGACUGAUUCUGGCACCAAACCCAAGGCCACGGCUGUUCCAGGUAUUUCAGAGAAGGAAAAUGCUGAAAUUGAAGCCAAGGAGGCUUGCGAUUGGCUGCGGGCAACUGGUUUUCCCCAGUAUGCACAGCUUUAUGAAGAUCUCCUGUUCCCUAUUGAUAUCUCCUUGGUCAAGAGAGAGCAUGAUUUUUUGGACAGAGAUGCCAUUGAGGCUCUGUGCAGGCGCCUAAAUACGUUAAACAAAUGUGCAGUGAUGAAGCUGGAAAUUAGUCCUCACCGGAAGAGAAGUGAGGAUUCAGAUGAAGAUGAACCUUGUGCAAUAAGUGGCAAGUGGACUUUCCAGAGGGACAGCAAGAGGUGGUCCCGGCUUGAGGAGUUUGAUGUCUUUUGUCCAAAGCAGGAUCCAAUCCCAGGUUCCCCAAAUGAUUCUCACUUGAAGAGUGCUGCGAGCCAUGAGAGCAUGCUAACAGACCUCAGCGAGUGCCAGGAGGUGUCCUCUGUCCGCAGCCUCAGCAGCACCAGCAGUGUCCCCACCCAUGUGCCCCAUAGCGGAGAUGCUGCGACACCCCGGAAUUCCGUCAUCAGUGUCUGCUCCUCCAGCCACUUUGUAGGCAAUGAUGACUCGUUCUGCAGCCUGCCUUCCCCAAAGGAACUGUCUAGCUUCAGCUUCAGUAUGAAAGGCCAUGAGAAAAACACCAAGUCCAAGACACGGAGUCUGCUGAAACGGAUGGAGAGCUUGAAGCUCAAGGGCUCUCACCACAGCAAGCACAAGGCACCAUCCAAGCUGGGGCUGAUCAUCAGUGGGCCCAUUCUGCAGGAUGGUAUGAAUGAGGAGAAGCUGAAGCAGCUGAACUGUGUAGAGAUCUCAGCCCUCAACGGCAACCACAUCAAUGUGCCCAUGGUACGAAAAAGGAGCGUGUCCAACUCCACGCAGACCAGCAGUAGCAGCAGCCAGUCGGAGACAAGCAGCGCUGUCAGCACACCAAGCCCUGUCACCCGGACACGGAGCCUCAGCACCUGUAACAAGCGGGUGGGCAUGUAUCUGGAGGGCUUCGACCCUUUCAAUCAGUCCACUUUUAAUAACGUGAUGGAGCAGAACUUUAAAAACCGAGAGAGCUACCCAGAAGACACAGUGUUCUACAUUCCUGAAGAUCACAAGCCUGGCACCUUCCCCAAGGCCCUUUCCAAUGGCACUUUCUGUCCCUCAGGAAAUAACAGUUCUGUGAACUGGAGGACUGGAAGCUUCCAUGGCCCUGGCCAUCGCAGCCUACAGAGGGAAAACAGCAGUGACAGUCCUAAGGAACUAAAGAGACGCAAUUCUUCUAGCUCCAUGAGCAGCCGCCUGAGCAUCUAUGACAAUGUGCCAGGCUCCAUCCUCUAUUCCAGUUCAGGGGACCUGGCUGACCUGGAGAAUGAGGACAUCUUCCCUGAGCUGGACGACAUCCUCUACCAUGUGAAGGGGAUGCAGCGGAUAGUCAACCAGUGGUCAGAGAAGUUUUCAGACGAGGGAGACUCUGACUCAGCCCUAGACUCUGUGUCUCCUUGCCCGUCAUCUCCAAAACAGAUACACCUGGAUGUGGACCACGACCGAACAACACCCAGUGAUCUAGACAGCACAGGCAACUCCCUCAAUGAACCUGAAGAGCCCUCUGAUAUCCCAGAAAGAAGGGACUCUGGGGUGGGGGCUUCCCUGACCAGGUGCAAUAGGCACAGACUGCGAUGGCAUAGCUUCCAGAGCUCUCAUCGGCCGAGCCUGAACUCUGUAUCUCUGCAGAUUAACUGCCAGUCUGUGGCCCAGAUGAACCUGCUGCAAAAAUACUCACUUCUGAAAUUGACGGCUCUGCUGGAGAAAUACACACCUUCCAACAAGCAUGGCUUUAGUUGGGCAGUGCCCAAGUUCAUGAAAAGGAUCAAGGUUCCAGACUACAAGGACCGGAGUGUGUUUGGGGUCCCGCUGACUGUCAACGUGCAGCGAUCAGGACAGCCCUUGCCUCAGAGCAUCCAGCAGGCCAUGCGUUACCUUCGCAACCACUGUCUGGACCAGGUUGGGCUCUUCAGAAAAUCUGGUGUCAAAUCCCGGAUUCAGGCUCUGCGCCAGAUGAAUGAAAGUGCCAUGGACUGUGUCAACUAUGAAGGACAGUCUGCUUAUGAUGUGGCAGACAUGUUGAAGCAGUAUUUUAGAGAUCUUCCUGAGCCGCUCAUGACAAACAAACUCUCGGAAACCUUUCUACAGAUCUACCAAUAUGUGCCCAAGGACCAGCGCCUUCAAGCUAUCAAGGCAGCCAUUAUGCUUCUGCCUGACGAGAACCGGGAGGUUCUCCAGACGCUUCUCUACUUCUUGAGCGAUGUCACAGCAGCUGUAAAAGAGAACCAGAUGACACCCACCAACCUGGCUGUGUGCUUAGCUCCUUCUCUUUUCCAUCUCAACACCCUGAAGAGAGAGAAUUCGUCUCCCAGGUACAGAGUAAUGCAAAGAAAACAGAGUUUGGGCAAACCAGAUCAGAAAGAUCUGAAUGAAAACUUGGCGGCUACUCAAGGGCUGGCCCACAUGAUUGCUGAGUGCAAAAAGCUCUUCCAGGUUCCUGAGGAAAUGAGUCGGUGUCGCAAUUCUUACACUGAACAAGAGCUGAAGCCCCUCACACUGGAGGCGUUAGGACACCUGAGUAACGAUGAACCUGCCGACUACCGACACUUCCUCCAGCACUGUAUAGAUGGCCUUUAUAAGGAGGUCAAAGAGAAGUUCAAAGGCUGGGUCAGCUACUCCAGUUCUGAACAGGCUGAGCUCUCUUAUAAGAAGGUGAGCGAAGGACCCCCUCUAAGGCUUUGGAGGUCCACCAUUGAAGUCCCUGCUCCACCUGAGGACAUCCUAAGGCGCCUCCUGAAGGAGCAGCACCUCUGGGAUGUAGACCUGCUGGAUUCAAAAGUGAUCGAAAUCCUGGACAGCCAGACUGAAAUUUACCAGUAUGUCCAAAACAGUAUGGCGCCCCACCCUGCCCGGGACUAUGUCGUGUUGAGGACCUGGAGGACUAAUUUACCCAAGGGAGCCUGUGCCCUCUUACUCACUUCUGUGGAUCAUGACCGGGCACCUGUGGUGGGGGUGAGGGUUAAUGUGCUCCUGUCUCGAUAUCUGAUUGAACCCUGCGGGUCAGGAAAGUCUAAACUGACCUACAUGUGCAGAGCUGAUCUAAGGGGCCACAUGCCAGAGUGGUACACAAAAUCUUUUGGACAUUUGUGUGCAGCUGAAGUGGUAAAGAUCCGAGACUCCUUCUGUAACCAGAACACCGAAACCAAGGAUACCAAAUCUAGGUGAUUCCUGAAGCGAAGCACCUGCAUCCAGUGCCUUGGUGAUUGCCUCCAGAGCCUUGCCAGUCCUCGAAAGAGUCCUCUUUGUCGGGGCCUGAAACAACAGUGGAAGUAUUGACACUGACUAGAGCAAUUUGAAUCAUUUUUAAAGCUGCUUCCCGUUUGUCUUGGGUCUGUGUUCUAGACCUUGACUGGAAUAUGAGACGUUGGAAAAAAAAAAAAAAAAAGAAGUACUUGUAUUAUUCGAAUUGCUUCUGAGAAGCAAAACUCUUUAAAUGCAUUAUGGGAGAUAACGAAGAGACGUCAUUCUCCUGUGAUAUCAGCAUAUAUGUACCUGUGUCAUUUAUGUACAGUGCGUUGAGGGACUGAUGUAUCCACUGGAAGAGUUGGUACUUGUUGACAGGUUUUCUCACAGAGAUGAACAAAGAAUGGUUUGCACAGAGGAGUGUGAAUGUGUGUUUGUUGCUGGCUGAAUGGCACAGGUGUAGAGACGGGAUGCAGUGUCUGGUACACUGAGAUGUUCCAAGGAUGCUGAUGGACCAGGUCCAGUCUAACCUGGAAUAGCUGACUACCCCAGGACCCACCCAGGAGGGGAACCCAGGUCCCUUCUCCAUUUUCCCCCAGGUUAUUCUAAGCAUUUUUUUUCUUCUCAACAAACCUUUACUUUCUCUUAAAAUUGUAGACUUACCCUGGCAUUCAUUUUAAUGCAGUUUGUUUUAGACCUUAUUGCAAACUGUGAUGUAGUUUUAACCAGUAAGAUUAGUUCAGGAAUAAACAUCUCCAUCACUCCCCUUACUGGCUCCAAAGAAAGAAGAUUUUUUUGGACUUUUUUCAUUGUUGCUUGUUUAAGUGAGAUGUAAAAACUGAAUCCUAACACCCAUAACCAGAGCAUCAAAGCAUUUUUUUCUCAGUACUGGGAAUUGAACCCAGGGUCUUGCACGUACCAAGCAAGUACUCUACACUGAAUUUAAUCCCAGCUCUGUUUUUACUUUUCGUUUUGAGACAGUUUCACCAAGUUGCCCAGGCUGGCCUUGAGUUCAUUGUGUAGCCCAGGCAGGCCUUGAACUUGGGAUCCUUGUGCCUCAGUCUCACAAGUAGCUGGGAAAACAGGCUCAGCUCAUCAAAACUGUUCACCUGUUAUAAUUCAUAGCAUCUUCAUGUAGCAUAAAUUCUAAGAUAUACACGGGAACAUGGUAAACUAUGUCCCAAGGAGAUUUAACCCAAACACGGAAGGCUCUUUGUUGGUGGUGAUGGUGGUGGUGUUAACAGUAUUCCUGGAAGCUAUACGUGUUUAUUUGAAUUGGGUUUGUCUUCAUGCACAAAUAGGUUUUCUGGUUUUAGGACUUUUUAUUGUUUUCCUUACAUUUCUUUUUCUUUUCCCUUAUAAUGCCCUCGAACUGUAUUUUAAUACUAAUGAAAAAUGGUCAUCGGAGUCAAAAACAAAUGACGCAGGUUUUUGAACGGGUAGUCUUUAUACAGGUUUUACUGUCGUGGUAAAGGCUGAGUCAAGAGACGGUAUUAGUAAAUUUAUUUUAUGUGGAUCGAAGGGUGAAUAAUGUAUGAAUGCGAGCUGAGGAAGCAUUUUUAUUGUUAUAACUUAGCUACCUUGUCAGUAUUAUUUCAAAGGUUCUUUGAAGAAUUGGGGGGGGUUCAGAGUACAGUUUUAAAUUUGAGUAUUUUCAAUAUCAGUGUUGCUUGUGAAGAUGUGUGUAUUCAAUCUUGAUGGCCUCCAGAUUUGUAAGAUUGUAUACUGUAUAUACCAGUCCAUUGAGAAACAUGUACACAUGUCUGCCCACUGUGCUUUCAGACAUAGAUAAAGCAUGAUAAAGAUUAUUAUUUAAAAUAUACUUGUAUUUAUACCUCAGAUAUUCUUUUGGGUUUUGUACCUCAAGUCUCCCCCUGCCCCCGCAUUGUAAAUACACUUCCCAUGAAUACAGUCUAAGUGAAAAAAAUGAAUAAAUAAAUGAAAAAGUUUGUAAUUUGCCCUAUAUCUGUACAGAGUAUAUUCAGUUAAAUGCACUAUUAAAUGUUUAAAGUAAGGGAAAAAGUCUGGCCUGCUUUCCUCUGCAUUACAUUCUCCUCCACUCUUAGAAACACAGAGUGCAAAACCAAUGCCAACCAAAGCCCAAAGAUAUAUAUCAUCCGAAACACCGGAGUGUGACUCAUUCCGAGGCUGAGCUGCAUCUGAGCCAUUCACCCCAAACCAGGAAACCCUGGUGAAGGCUCAGGAUGCCUGGAGGUUCUCUGCACACAAAGGUCCAUUAGGAACGAUGAUGGAAACAUCGGGAGAACAGGCAACAGCAACCGAAAGAUGCUCAGAAGAGAGGUCAAGGUCACUGGCUAAUUCCAAAAAGGGUCUCUUUUCCAUGUUUAGUUUCUCCAUUGAAAGGAUUCCUUAUGUCUGACGGGAGAAGAAUUCAGAGGAUGUGAACAUUUCUGAGAACUCUGUUUAUAUCACGUACAGUGAUGUUCCACAACUUAUGUGUGACCGGUGGUCUAGACUGUAAACUCUGAGGGCAGGCGCAUCUCCUGCACAUCUUUGUAACCUCUACAGCAGCUUUCAGUGCUUUGUACUUGUACGCACCUAAUAAAUUUGUUAUUUGCUAACGUA